AGCCCGACAAGCUGCUUGCAUACAAGUUCGACGUCGGGCUCUUCAGCAAGAGCUAUAAGGUGCAGGACAGGUACGUGGUGGGACCCCAGCUGGUGAGAGCUCUGGGGGCAAGAACACGUAGACUGGCACAGGCGUGCCCAGACAUCGACAAGAUCGACGAAGUCACCGACGAGGGCAAACUGUCAGGAUGGCAACGCGUCUUCGACUACCUCUUGUCGAAGCUUGACCUGUCCAACGUGAACGAGAUGGGUAACUCUGCGGAGAAGUUCUUCAACAAGCUCCAGCGGGAGCCGGGUGAGGGCUUCCCCGACUGGACGGCGCGCUGGGAGGCGGACGAGCGUGACCUCUUGUCGCAGCUGAAGGCGGUGGACAGCUCGGUCGAGGAGGUUAUCGCAGCGCCGCUGAGGACGUGGUGGUACCUCCGCCGAUCGCGCCUGAGCCCUGUGGCCAGGGGCGAGAUCACCGCUACGGCGGGGGGCGACUACGAAUUCGGCAGUUUGUACAAGGCGCUGUGCACGAGGUACCCGCUGGAGGCGCUAAAGGGGGUCGACGGGGUCCGCGAGAAGAAGGACAGGUCCGCGAUCGCGGACAUUGUGGACCAGCUGGUGAACUUAGCGGACGCGGAGGACUCGACCCUCUUCGAAGACUCCGAGCUUGUCGACGACUACGAGGACGGCAUCUACGCGGAGUUCAGGCAGCUGGGCAGGAACUUCAAGGACGCGAGGGACCUCAUCAGGAAGCUCAAGUUCGGACACCAGGCGAAGGACUGCCCCGAGAGGACGAAGGACCGCGGUAAGCCACAGCCCAACGAGACGACCUCGUUUGCGCUUCUAGAGCUCGGCGACCUGGUGCUCCUCUUGGACGACGUGGGCGGCAUCUGGGCGAUCUUUGACUGCGGCGCCACGAGGGGCCUCAUCGGUGCGACGAUGGCCGGGCACCUCAUCUACGACAUGGAGGAGAAGCACAACAUACUGUUCGACGUGGUGGAACGGACGCGGCACUUCACUUUCGGCGACGGCAGGCGCAAGAGCUCGAUGGGCACCAUGACGGGUGCCAUCUUUCUCGGUGACGACCAGGAGAAGAUCGAGAUCUCGAUCAUGGACAACGAGGUGUCCCUGCUGAUCGGCAUGGACGUGCUGGGGCCUGAUGAUACCAACGCCCUCAUCGACUGCGGUAACGGAUACCUGAUGCUGCCGAAGAUCUCACAUCACGUCUUCCAGUGCCGGAAGAUGCCCAGUGGUCACCUCGCCAUCAACGUGGCGACUCCGACGCGGUGGCAGAACAUCCCACAGAGACUCCCGAACAUCGUCGGAAUCACACAGUGCAACGCCAUGGAGGGCGAGGCUGAGACGCCCGCGGUCGUGGACGUGGCGGUGCUGGAGCUGGCGCCCGCGGCUGGCGCGGGGGCCUCGAGCUAG